CGUCCAUGUUACAGUAAUAGAUCAAUGUUAAAGUUACAGAUCCAUGUUACAGUAACAGGUCCAUGUUACAGUAAUAGAUCAAUGUUAAAGUUACAGAUCCAUGUUACAGUAACAGAUCCCAUUUAUGGUUACAGAUUAGGUUUUACAGUUACAUAUCAGUUUUAUAGUUUAAGAACCGUUUUACUGCCCUCCCUCUCUCACAGCACUGCAAAGACUUCACCUACAAGUUUGCGGCCGAAGUGCGAAGCCAGAAGCUGGGAGCCCUGACGCCGGGCUACGACUUCAUGCUAGCUCUACGGAGCGGGAUGGAGGAUGUCCUGCCGGGCGACGCCCACAAGGUGGCGGCUGACAGACUCUGGGUGUCCGUCACACACGCCAAGAGCGGGAAGAACAGCCUGGUGGGGGAGUUCAGCUCCAGGGACGAGCUGAUUAUGGCGCUGCUGGCCAGCAGCUUCGUGCCAGUCUACGCCGGACUCCGCACCCUGGAGUUCCGUGGACAGAAGUAUUAUGACGGGGGCUUCAGCGACGGCCUCCCCCUCCUCCCCUCCGGCCACACCCUCACCGUCUCCCCCUUCGCCGGGCGGGGCGUCAACGUGUGCCCCGCCCACACGGGACGGUCCCAACGCCACUUCCGGCAUGCCAACAUGAACAUCCUGCUCUCAUUGGACAACAUUGUGAGGCUGAACCAGGCCCUGUUCCCGCCCCCCCUCGUUCGGAUGCGGUCGCUAUGCCAACAGGGUGAGGAGGACACCCUCCGCUUCCUGAAGAAGGAGGGAUGGCUGUACUAACAAGCUAGCGUUAAUGAGCUCAAAACUCCCUCAUUACUAGAGACUCAAACUGUUUGGGGGCAUGGACAACCCGGGGGGCGCUGCUCAAGUGCCGAUUGACCGAUUUUUGGUCUUGAUCCGGAUCAAAGAGUGUGACAGACAGCUCAACGGACCAAUGGCUUGCCGGGGGCCGCAAACCUCAAACAGAAUUGAGCGAACAGCACCUUAAAAAACAGAAUGUAAUUGAUUAAUUAAUUAAUUAAUUAAUAAAUGGAAUAUAAUAUUAAUUCUUACCUUGUUUCAGACUCCUUUGUAUCUGUGUGGGAAGGGAGUGCUUCUACCCCUGAGGCCAUGUUUCUACAGUAACCCAGGAGGGACAAACGGCUCUACAGAGAAUUUAAAUGUAUUUUAAAACAGAAGUGAACCCC